AUGGCUCAAGACGGCCCCCAUGGUCACCAGGACACCAGCUCCUCCAACGAGCGCAGCUUUGUGCCACCGACGGCUGUGAACUUCGUGGGUCCUGCUGAGAACAACAACGGUGGAUCCAAGAUUGGUAGCCCGGUGACCAUGGAUGCCGGCAAGGGGAAGGAAGUCAUCCCGAAUGCCAUCCAAGGUGGAGAACAUGGCUCGCCCAGCGGCGGCGAGGCAAACGCCGGCAGAUCCGGAGGUAAGAACGCUGGAAAUGGCCUCGCCAAGGGUGAGAGCUCCAUGGCAGCUGACGAUGGCAACCUCAAGGUGAACAUCAUCAUCGAGCGAGAGCGCCGUAGGAAGAUGAAGGGAAUGUUCAACUCCCUGCUAGAUCUCAUGCCCCACGUCCCCAAGAAGGUUGACCAGGUAACCCUAGUGGACGAGACCAUCAACUUCAUCAAGUCCCUAGAGCAGACCAAGGCCCAGCUGGAGAAGAAGAAGCAGGAGCAAGUGCUCGUACGGCAAGCCGCGGCGUCCUCCAUGUCGAUGCCGCGCACCGCGCACGGGAUGGCGGCCUUGUCGGAUGGCUGGGACCCCCUGCCUCAGCAGAAACCUGCUGCAUCGGCGGCGGCGGCCGCAGGGCCUCUUGAGUUCCAGACGUGGUCGGCACCGAACGUCGUGCUGAGUGUGCUGACGAACGACGAGGCUGUGAUCAACAUCUGCGCGCCAAGGCAACCCCAUAUGCUGACAUUGGUGCUGUCAGUCCUGAGCAAGUACAAGAUCGACGUGACCUCGAUGCAGGUUGUGGCCGACACCGCCGAGAGCCUCCUCACCAUCAAUACCCGUGUGAAUGGAGCUAGCGGCGAGAACCCGUCAGCGGAGGACAUAUACAAGCUGGCGGUGUCAGAGAUCGUGGUGAUGCUCUCCAGCUAGGCCGGCGUCGCCGUCGGUGCCUCAACAACGUCUCAAGUUGCAUCGCUGCUCAUGGAUCUGCUCAGCUUCAGCCCCUCUAGACUGGAGUGGUCGGAGUAACUUAGCUUGUUUAAUUACUUUGCAUUCCCUAUUUGAAGGUUUUAGGUCGGGUUGGAUCAAACUUAGAACCUGUGCUUAUCUGUGUUUUUCGAAGUUCGUUGGCAGCAUUCGCUGUGUUGUGUUUUAAGUAUUGUACUGUCGUCUUCAGAGUUGCUGAACGG